GCUUCAUAUUAGCUACACACAGUGGCAUUCCCAUUCGGCGUUUUGUCUGUGCGGUGUGCGGCAACCCAUCACGGCAACGUUUCUGUGUCCCUAAUCCCGCUCCGGAAUUAGUGGCCGCAGUGCGCCGCGGUGCAUAUUUAUAAACACAUCAUGCGAAUUUGCUCCUUGUCCUUGUGUUCAUCGUUGUACUGCUGUCCUCCGCCAAGAUUUGAUGUGACCUCCCGUGUUGUGGACUUUGACCUGGCCGACCACACCAUGGCUUGUUGGUAGGUGUUUCUGACAAAUGUUUUUGCACAGCAAAGCGAAAGCAAUAGUGGUAGAAGUCCUCAUCCACCUCUCUCUCUUCUGGUUUAACAUCCACAGCAGCUAGUAGACAGCAUGCCAGUCGGUCCCGUCCGUUACAAAGCGCCCUUGCCGGUGCGCUUCAAGGUGAACAAAGGGCGACUGUUGUUCCAGAAGGACCCAGAGGUGAAGAUCGGGAAGUCCAUCGUCGCGGCGCAGCAGCAAUGUGUGACCGCCCACCACCUGGAAACCGCGAGGCGGAUGCUGCGCAAGUCCCUCGGCAAGGACAAACCCUUUCUGAUGAACGUGCACGCGACUUUUGCCCGGACGAAAAAGUCCCAGGGCGUGAAGAUGGGAAAAGGGCAGGGAGCGAUCAGCUACUUCGUCGCCCGCGUCUCCGCCGGCAAGCCGAUCAUCACGGUGCCGACUCUCGCGAAAUUCCCGGGCGUGCCGGCGAACCUGUACACGCUGAAGUGCAUUGUGUAUCGAAAGCAAAAAUCCCCCCUCCCCAUAUCGAAAACGAAAUUUGUGAUGCUGUAUUUGAGGUCACAAAUCAGAUUUGUCUUGCUGGCGAGGACUGCAGGCCCAUAUCAGGCCUGAGUAGACAAGUUUUGGCCUAGGCGCUUCGCAUGGCAGACGUCUACGCUGUAGGAGCAACAGCAUAACAAACCGCCUGUAGAAUGUGGCGGAGCCUGUAGACUUGCCUUCAUGCAGUACAGCGACGAUUUGUGGUCUCAAAUCUGCAUCGCAAAUUUUCAGAAGUGUCCCGGUUUGGUAUGGGGAGGGGGGAUUAUUCCUCACAAUAUUGUAGACAUCAUGCCCAUGGCCUGUCGGUUGCGGGAACAGUAUAACCACUUUAUCAGAAUGAAAAAUGCCCCCACCGCCACCCCCGAACUUGAAAGCAUUUGUAUUGCAAACCUUUCCAAAUGAAACAUUCGCCCUCUUGCACCUAUCAGCAUCACAGGUUUCCAACCGUGAAUAGCAAAAAUUUGUAUUGCAAAAGACCCCAGCAAGAGCGGCGCUUGUCAUGCAAGCGAUGCGAUACACGCCUAGACUCCGCAUCAGAAAGAUUCAUACUCGUUUCAUGCAUGACAAAAAGUUUUCAUUUGGAAACUCCGCAUCACAAAUUUUUGCAAUUUGAGGGGUGGGGGGCACUUUUCACUGUAAUACACUUUCCGGAGUUUCGAAACCCCAGACCCUGCAUCGCGCUUGGCGGGAACCGGGUGGACGGGAAACAGUUCGAAUCUUUGAAGGAAGUUGGAGGAGGAGCUUCUCCACCGGAAGUAGAUGAAUCACUGCGAUUGCAGAUUGAAUCUGUGCCUUCGACGGAGGACGCCGAGGACGCUGCAGAAAGAACUACAACCGGAAGCGAAGAUACAGGCACGAACCUAGCCGCUGUCGCGGAUGAGGAAGAUGUUCUUGCACCAUCGAAAACUGAUGCACUGGCACCAGCCGCAAGAACCGCAGUUCAUGAUCCGUCGGCAUCUUCAACAAGGAGCCAAGAUAACCUCGGCGUGGUGAAAUUGAAACACCGCAGACAUGUUUCCGAGCUUGGCCUUGAAAGUCAGCGGUACGGAGCUUCCACGCGAGGGCAAUGCACGGAGGUGGCUCGCUUGAACUUGUCAAAAACUGCAUCGCGAUUGGCAGUUGGGGGAAUAGGUGGAAGACUUUUUGCGGCCGCUGCGGGGAAAGAGCUGAGAAGAAGAUUUUGUUGAAAACCAAAGUUGAAACUUUUUUGCGCACAGGACAAACGUUUUUUCACUUCUGCAAGUAGUUGUCAAAAUUAUUGCGAUGAGAAUUGUA